UACAAACAGCUCCUUGUGAUGUCAUCGUGUGGUCUAAACACUCAGAGGUUUGACCUGAUAAAAAUGAUCCAGGAUCAGGACGAUGAUGAUUGACUGUUUUUGAUGACGAGUGUCCAUGAAUGGAAAAAAAGGGAUUCUGUGAUCCUGUAGAAACGUCUCUGAUUGGUGGAUUUGAAUCACACGUGUCAGGCGGCGGGGCCACCGAACAAAAUCAGGAAGUGAGAAAGAAACAAGUUCCUGCUCAGAAAACGCAAAGCAGACAAAACCACAGACACAGAGAGAGUGACAGUUAGCAGAGCAGCUGACAGGACUGUGCAGUGUGUAAUGGAUGCAGUGUGUGAGGACGACCUCUGUUGGCUGCAGUUGGAUGACUUCAGGAUGCUGCUCAUCAAAAGCAUCGAACCUUCAAGAAUCACUCCUUACCUCCGCCAGUGUCAGGUGAUCAGUGCUGAGGAUGAGGAGCAACUCUUCAACGACCCCACCCUCGUCAUCAGGAGAAGAAAAGUCGGAGCCCUGCUGGACAUUCUGCAGAGGACAGGGGUCAAAGGUUACACGGCAUUCCUGGAGAGUCUGGAGCUGGAUUAUCCUCAACUGUACAGCCGCAUCACGGGGAAGGAGCCCAACAAGACCUUCAGCAUCCUGAUUGACACAGCAGGUGAAUCUGGCUUGACUCAGUUUCUGAUGUCGGAGCUCAGCCGCCUACAGAGGUUGCUGCAGGGAGAGCGUCGGCGACGCCAGCAGGCCUGCUCUGUCGUCAAGGAACAGGAGGCAUCGUCUCGGCAGCAGCAGCUGAGGGACCGCGAGAUAAGAAAGCUCACUGAGCGCGUGCAGAAGGUGCGGGAGGAGCGGGAGCGGCUGAGCGAGGAGGUGAAGCAGCUCAGAGAUCACAACUACAGUCUGAUGGCCGACAUCAACACUCUGAGCCAGGAGAAGAGCAACAGCCUGCUGGCCAACAGAGACCUGCAGAUAGAGGUGGAGCGUCUGAAACACACGGUGCUGCGAGCAGAAAGCCAGACUCGACUGCUGAGACGACGAACACUGAGACCACUGCAGGAGAGCAGGAGUCUGGCUCUGCCCAUGGAGACCUUCUUCCACCCCAACAGACUGGAGGAGCAGAAAGAGGAGAAGCAGGAGGAGAUAAAAGAGGAGAAACAGGAGGAGAAAAAAGAGGAGAAACAGGAGGAGAAGCAGGAGACACAGCAGCAGCAGCAGCAGCAGCAGCAGGAGAGUCCAGCUGCUCCACAGAUGAACCUCCUCACUACAGUGUUCAGACUGAGGAGAGAACUCCACAGAGCAGAGGAGCAGAGAGCCAGGAGUCUGGAGGAUAAGGAGGAGCUGGAGCUGCGGUGUGCUCAGUUGAAAGGAGACGCCCGGAUGUACCGCCAACGAAACAAACAAGCCCUGAGACAACUGGAGGAGGUGAUCGGAGAGAGAGACAAGGCUCUGGCGUCGCGGGCGGAGCAGCAGGAGGAGGCGCGGCUGCUCCUGCAGGAGAAGGAUCAGUACAGGGAGCAGGUCCGACAGCUCGCCGAGCAAUCUGAUAGGCUGGAGCUCCUCCUGGUGAGGUCACAGGGGGAGGAGCUACAGCUGAGGACACGCCUCCGCAGACUCACCUGCAAAACGCACGAGUGUGAGAGGAGCAGCGAGGAAGAGGAGGAGGCCACAGAGAACGUCACUAAAGGCAGCAGCGAGGAGGUCCGCAGCGUGACGUCAGGGGAGAACGAGGAGGCGGCACAGCAGCAGCAGGACUCUCCUGCAGAGUCUAAACAGACACCCAGCACUGCUGCAUCAUGGGAGGAGGAGACAGACGGCUGUCCGUCCUCCAGAAGUCGACCAAACUUCUGUUAUCGCAGGAAGCGAGCUGUCAGGUCAAAGUUCAUCUCUAGGGUGUACGCGGCCUGUAACCUUGACGACAGCAGCGGGAGUGACAUCACAGACUCUGACUGAAAAUCAUGUGACUUCAAACAAAAAACUUUAUUUGACUCAAAGAUCUGCAGCUGUUUGACAGAUUCGUUUCAUUCUGUAUUUUCAGGACAGUUUAUUAUGUUUCUAUCGUACUUUGUGUAUUUCUGCCUUGUUGUGAUUCAGUUUGAUUUCAGGUAAAACACCUCUGUUAUCUUUCAUUCUGUUUUCAGCUUUUCACUAACUGAUCUGUUUUGUUUUUGCUGUAUGUAAAGUAGCCUUGGGUUAUGUGAAGGGUGUUUAAAAUGUAAUUUAUUAUUCUUUUAUUAAAAAAAUAAUUAAACACUGUGAAUGAUAACAAUAAAAAAUACUCUCCUAGUUACAUGACACACUGAGUCCAAACUGUAAGUCAAAAGUCUGAAAAUCUCAUUGAAUGUGACUUUAGUGAAACCUUUCUGCUGUCUGAUGUAUUAAACACACUUUAUAAAACAAAUGUUGUGAUGUGAAAUGAAAAGGAGGUCAGGAGGAGAGAUGUUCCUGACGUUUGUUAAAUAAACAAUAAAUCUACUGUCACACAGACAGACAGCACAUUUUAUAUUCACAUACCCGGAAAUAAAUGAUCAUAAAACUUGACAUAACUUAACUUAUAAUCUUGACUUAGUGUCUCAUGAGUAUUUUUAUUUUUGACAGUCUUAAUAGUUUUAUAGUCUUUAAUAUUCCUCAUGUUUUUGUCUUUUAUGGAAGAAAUGUUCAUUCUGUGUUUAUCACUGGAAACUCAAUAAAAGCCUGUUUUCAUGU